AUGUACGCGUCGCUCGAGACGCCGUCGGCGGACGCCAAGGUCCACGUCGAGACGAACCACGUCGACGAUGAAGUCGUUGCGGCCUACGCCGCCCCGGGCGCGUACCUCAAGGCCUGCGUCCUGCGCACGGUCAUGGUCGUGGUCAUGGUCAUUAUUGCCAUCAUCUGGAAGGACCACUUCAGCGACCUCUUGGACUUUGUCGGUGCCUCCUCGACGGCGCUCAGCUGCAUGAUUUUGCCGAUUGUCUUUUACCUCAAGACGUUCCGCACGACGCUCAGC